GAAGACCGUUCCGUAUGGUCUGGGAGGCCCUUCUCGAUCCAGGAGAUCACUGACGGACGUGGUGCCGGAGAUGCUCACUGAACCUAGCAGCAGAUGCCGAUGUGCCAACCAGAAGGACAAGAAAUGUCUGAACUUUUGCCAGCCAGGAAAAGAUCUCUGGGCUCAGUCCACAGUGGAGAAGACCUCGCGUCACCGCAACAAAGCUGGCAAUUGCAUCGGACCCAAAUGCGUGAACCGACAGCUUGCUGACGGCAAGAAAACGAAGCGGCUGGAAGCCAUCGGUAACAGCAUCAAAGCUUCCUUCAGUAUUGCUAAGCUGAAGGCUGAGCUCCAGAAAGGGCGGAAGCUGAAACAUAACAGGGUGAACAAAAGGCAAAGCAUCUGGGAAAGCCUGAAAGCAUCCUAG